UGUUUAUUCAUCGACUGUUGCAAAUGUGAAAGAGGAUAGAAACUUGCAGACUUACAUUGUCCUCUUAGAGAAGCCAGAGGGGAACCAAUUCACGGAGUCGAAAGAUUUAGAUAGCUGGUAUCAGUCUUUUCUGCCAGAUAAUUCCUUUAGUUCAAACCAGCCACGUUUGCUCCAUUCCUACCGCCAUGUGGUUACAGGGUUUGCAGCAAAACUGACAGCAGAUGAGGUACAAGCUAUGAAUAAGAAGAAAGGGUUCGUAUCAGCCCGCCCCAGAAGGAUGGUUCCUUUGCACACUACCCAUACUCCAAGCUUCUUGGGUCUGCAGCAGAAUUUAGGAUUUUGGAACUACUCAAAUUACGGCAAAGGAGUGGUUAUUGGACUCAUCGACAGUGGAAUAACGGCUGAUCAUCCUUCAUUUAGUGGUGAAGGAUUGCCUCCUCCACCAGCAAAAUGGAAAGGGAAAUGUGACAAUGGAACACUGUGUAACAACAAACUUAUUGGUGUAAGAAAUUUCGCUACUGACAGUAAUAACACUUUGGACGAGUACAUGCAUGGGACUCACACAGCUAGCACAGCAGCUGGAAGUCCUGUACAAAAUGCCAAUUACUUCGGGCAGGCCAAUGGCACUGCAAUUGGCAUGGCACCGCUAGCCCACUUGGCUAUGUAUAAAGUUUCUGGCAGAUUUGGUAAGGCAGGUGACAGUGAGAUACUGGCAGCAAUGGAUGCUGCCAUUGAGGAUGGUGUUGAUGUUCUUUCACUUUCCCUUGGAAUUGGCUCUCAUCCUUUCUAUGAUGAUGUAAUUGCAUUAGGUGCAUAUGCAGCUAUUCAGAAGGGGAUCUUUGUGAGUUGCUCAGCAGGAAAUUCUGGUCCUGAUAGUAGUUCUUUAUCGAAUGAGGCACCGUGGAUUUUAACGGUAGGAGCAAGCUCUGUAGAUAGAGCAAUAAGAGCAACAGUUUUACUUGGAAAUAAUACAGAGCUAAAUGGUGAAUCCCUUUUCCAGCCAAAUGAUUCCCCUUCAACAUUGUUGCCACUUGUUUAUGCUGGUGCAAGUGGUACUGGAUCAUCUGCAUACUGCGAGCCAGGAUCACUAAGUAAUUUUGAUGUCAAAGGCAAGAUAGUGUUGUGUGAGAGAGGAGGUUCAUAUGAAACAGUUCUCAAAGGCCAAGAAGUGAAAGACAAUGGUGGCUUUGCCAUGAUUGUUAUGAAUGAUGAGUUUGAUGGCUUUGUUACUGAAGCAGAAUUUCAUGUUCUUCCGGCAUCACAUGUGAGUUACAUGGCAGGAUUAGCAAUCAAAACCUAUAUAAACUCUACAUCAACUCCGAAAGCUACAAUCGUGUUUAAAGGAACUGUACUUGGAUUGCCAGAGGCUCCUCAGGUUGCUGACUUUUCCUCGAGAGGUCCUAGCGUGGCAAGUCCAGGGAUCUUGAAGCCAGACAUUAUAGGCCCUGGUGUGAGAAUUCUAGCUGCUUGGCCAGUUUCAGUUGAUAAUACUACAAACAGGUUCGAUAUGAUUUCAGGCACCUCAAUGUCUUGCCCUCAUCUUAGCGGCAUUGGAGCUCUGCUCAGAAGUGCUCACCCUGAUUGGUCACCAGCAGCCAUAAAAUCUGCCAUCAUGACCACUGCUAAUAUGGUUAACCUCGGAGGCAAGCUCAUUUCUGAUCAGGAGUUCGUUCUAUCUACUGUCUUUGACAUUGGUGCAGGCCAUGUGAACGCAUCAGGAGCAAAUGAUCCAGGGCUCAUUUACGAUAUUCAACCAGAUGAUUAUAUUCCUUACUUAUGUGGACUUGGCUAUUCUGACAAACAGGUGGGACUUAUUGUGCAACGUGCCGUGAAAUGCUCAAAUGAUUCAAGCAUACCUGAAGCUCAAUUGAACUAUCCUUCAUUUUCCAUCAAUUUGGGGCCUACUCCACAAACUUACACAAGAACAGUAACAAAUGUUGGCAAGCCUGACUCAACUUACUUCAUUGAGUACUCUGCACCCCUUGGCGUGGACAUUGAGGUGACGCCUGCUGAACUUAUUUUCAGUAGAGUGAACCAGAAAGCUACAUACUCGGUAACAUUUAGCAAGAAUGGGAAUGCUGGUGGAACUUUUGUUGACGGAUACCUGAAGUGGGUGGCUAAUGGGUAUAAUGUUCGAAGCGUUAUUGCUGUGACAUUUGAAUAAGCAGAUUUAAUUUUCUCUUUGACCCAAUAAGAUAGUUGUAAUGCUGGUUUUUCUCUGGUUGUGGAGUUGCGUAAAUUCACUUUCGUGCGUUAUAUGUAUGCUGCUAUAUUCUGUCUCUCAAGGAACAGAAAGAUUCAUCUAUUGUUUCUGAGAGCAUCAUUUCAGGAUUCUGAACUAGUAUGGCUAAAGAGGAUAGAUUUAUCAUUUCCAGUCAUGUAUACAAGGUCCAAUGACAUAUUG